UAUGGACGACCUGGUAACGGAUUGACGAAUGUUUACAUUUUAAAAAAAAGUUGUCUAUUUCUGUUAGAAAAAAUAUUAUUAAUAUUUUUUACGAUCGCUGUCGAUAUAUCAAAUAUCCUUACUAAAUUUUAGAGCCAAGAUGCCUGUAUAUGUAAGGAAAAAUAUGACUUUUACUCCACCUUCUCUGGAGAACAUAGCGGAUCUGGAUGAAAACGAUUUCGAGUUUAUUGAUCCGGAUAAAUUGAGGGACCAAAUACCUCAGCCUUAUCGUCUUGUAAACAAAAUAGUUGACAGUGUUGUGGAAAAGGCUUGGUCUUUCAUUUCUGAGAUUGAAACUAAGAAGACUGCUAAUUUAAAUAAAAUCCGUCCACCUAAAUAUGACUGUGCCGUUAAAUUACAGAAUCAUGAGAAGGCAACAGCAUUAACAGAUAGCGUAGAUGGAAGAUAUGUUUUUAUUGGUUUAUCUAAUGGCAUCGUGGCCAUAGAUUCAUUAACUCAAGAAACCGUGGCAACAUGGGAUGAAGAAAAAGUUGAUAUUGUCCACAUCAAGUGUCAUUUAAUUGGUGUACAAACAUAUUUGUUGGUUACAAUUGAUGAAAUGGGUAUUGUCAAGUUGUUCAUUUUCUCAUCAGAACAGAUAUUUUUAUUGAAAAUUUUAAAUGAACAGGUACAGGAACCUGGUUCUACCAAAAUAAUUUCUACAAAAUGUGAAUCGUCUGAUGAAGGAGAUUAUAUUGGAAUUGUUUUGGAAAAUACAUCAAGUAGUGAGAUUUGGUUGGAGUUACAUCGGUUGCCACGAGAUACAUGGUUAAGAGAAAUGGAGACAGUGGUAGCUGAAUUAAAGGCUUUAAGUCAGCAACAAGAAGAAGAAGCUGCAAUGGCUGCUGAAGGUACAGAUGAUAAUACUCAGGUGUUUACAGAACGUAAAGGGAGUACUACCAAUAUUAAAAUACCACCAACAUUAACUAUUGGUGUCAGAAGAGGUAGUAAUAGUAAUACGUUGUUGUCUCACUCUAUACGUGAAAGAAGAGGUAGUUCUGGUAAUUCAUUAUCACCAACACCUAAAACUGACACGUCCAUUAAAAAACGUAGAAAAACACGAAGUCCAAGUGGUUCCCCUAAACCAGGCACACCUCCACCACUUCUUACCUUAACACCUGGAGAAAAACCCAAUCCUAAAUUUACACCCCAAUCUUUAGUUUUAAAAAUUCAUCCACCGCAGCCAAUAACAGGUUCAACAAGUUCUUCUGUGAUGUCUGCCUGUCAGAAAGUUGAUUCAGGGGAGGUAAUUGGAACAGGACAACACCAUAUUAUUACAUCUGGUCAUCUAGAGCAGAGAGAUUCAUUGUUUGAACAACAACAUGAAAAUAUGAUGAAAUAUUUACCUGAGGCAGAUAAUCAGAAUGUGGAAAUAAUGCAGCCAACAUUUCAUUUUGUGACUAGCAGUCGCCUCACUCCAGUAGGCUUAGAACAACCAUCGCAAACUGGACGACCAACCACUGUAGUUGUCUGGUGGACUGGUGAAUCUAAUCUACGUCAAUAUUCUCUACUCAAACAAUCCAAAGAUUUUGAUCAUAAAGCCGAUGUAGUGUGGCCAUUUUGUUCAACUAUUACUUGUUCAACAACAUCAUUAUGUGGAACAUAUUUAGCUGUCGGUCUCAGAAGUGGAAAUGUUGUACUAUGGGAUAGAUAUUUAGGUAUAGAAAAAGGUGUGAUCGGUGUAUCAUCAGAAUAUUCUAUAAAACAACUUCAGUUUCUCGAUCCGUCUAUUUCAUCACAAGAUAUAACGGACUAUCCCCCGUAUAAAACAACAAUUUCGGCAUGGCUGUUAAUACAGACUAGCGAUAACAGUCAAUAUAUCUAUAAUACUAGUUUAAACACACUAGUUGUAUUGUAUACAGUAAAUGAAAACAACGAAGAAGAAACUGUUUUAUCAACUGUGUCUGGUAUUCCUGAAUUGCUGCUGGUUGUAACAGAAGAUCGAUCUUUAUUAUUAAAAGAUGUAACGAAUGGUCAGGAUGUCUGUCAACUAACAUUACCUACAUUGUUUGAUCUAACAUCACCAUGGGAACCAAUCUAUUCUUUUGGUGGCGGUGGUCAGAUGCUUUAUGUUAAAGGUUCUAGUAGUAGUAAAGAUGAAGAAGGCGCUAUUAUAGAUGAGUCAUCUUUGUUUGUUUAUCAACUACGUUCGUUCCCGUCGUUAGAUGGAUAUUGGAAACGACCGCGUAAUAACGAUAUUAAACCAGUACAUUCUACUGUUGAACAACGUGUUAACGCUCUACUUAAACACAGAAUUGCGGUCCAACCAGAGAGAAAAGAAAGACUGCAGAAACGCUGGAAUAUGAUGCAGCAGGAAUUAGAUAUUAUUCUACAAUGUCAAGAAACCGCUAAAAAACGUACAUGUCAUGCUUAUUCAUAUUUCGACCAGCCAGAGGAGAGUGAAAAUUAAUAGGAGACUCCUUCCACCUACCGUUCUACACCACAGUUGAUGUAAACAAACCAACAGUUACUGAAUCAUACUCAAGUUUUUAGUUAGAAAAUAUCAAAAUGAUUUAAUGAAUUUAAAUGUGAAAUUAUUGUAUAUUACAUUAUUUAUUAUAGCUGUGAUACUUGUAUAUUUAAACCUGUAUAUUUUAAUACAAUACUAGAUAUCAAAA